CCUGCGCGCGUGGGGUAGGCGUGGCCAAAGGCUCACGUGACCAGCCACUGCGGCGCGCGCAGCGAAGCGCUCACGUGAGCCCCCUCCUCGCUCCCGCUCUCUGUGGGGAGGGCGUGUCCUCUCACCGGAAGCGGAAGUGGCCCGUCCCGGCCUGUUCCGGCGCGGGAGGCGCGGCGGGCGGUCACGAUGCCGGCGCUGCUGGAGCGGCCCAAGCUCUCGUCCGCCAUGGCGCGGGCGCUGCACCGGCACGUCAUGGUGGAGCGGGAGCGCAAGCGGCAGGAGGAGGAGGAGGUGGAUAAGAUGAUGGAGCAGAAGCUGCGGGAGGAGCAGGAGCGGCGGCGGCGGAAGGAGCUCGAGGAGCGGAUGUCGCUGGAGGAGACGCGCGAGCAGCUGCUGAAGCUGCAGGAGCGUCUGGCGGCGCUGCAGGAGGAGAAGCACCAACUCUUCCUGCAGCUCAAGAAAGUGCUGCACGAGGAGGAGAAGCGGCGCCGCAAAGAGCAGAGUGACCUCACGACGCUGACGGCGGCCGCGUACCCACAGGGGAUGGUGCACGCCGGGCCCCACCUGCUCAGCAUGCAGGGCAGCCCCGGGGGGCCAAGCCGGGCCGGGACGCUGAUGGCGGCCGAUCGAGCCAAGCAGAUGUUCGGGGCGCCCGUCAUCACCACGCGCCACUUCGGGGCGCAGGCGCCGUUCGGGGCAGGGGCGGAGCACGGACCCUUCCCGGGGGCGCAGGGGGCGCCGGGGCCCUUCGCCGUGGGGCAGAGCCCCCAACCCUUCCCCCCGGCCACCCCCGGCUACGGCACCACCGGCGCUGGGGGGCAGCAGCUGCGCGGUCCCGGUUUCCCGGCGCUGCCGUUCCUUCCGCAGCAGCAGCCGCCGGCGUUCGGCCUCCACGGACCCUUCCCGAGCCCAGGGUUCCUGCCCCCCAGCCCCUCCCUGCAGAAACAGUUGGAGCACGCGAACAGCCAGAGCGGCUUCAGCGAUGGGGCGCUGCACCCCGGACCCCCCCUCCUGCCCAGCCCCCAACUGCCCCUGCAGGGGGGCAACAAGACGGGGCUCCCGUACCCUCCCCCGCCCCGCGCCGCCUCCCCCGGCAGUUUCCAGCCCCACGGCGCGAGCCCUCAGCCCCACAGCGCCGCUUUCCCGCCGAGCCCCUCCCCCGCCUCCCGCCACCCAUUUCUGCCCCACGGACAGGGGCAGCGCUUCUACCACAAGUGACAUCACCGCCGGGCGCCAUGACGUCAUCGGGACCCCUGC